AGGCAGACAUCAAGUGCUCUGUGCCGACAACCCAACAUCUUAUACUUUCACAUAUUCACACACGAUGGAGAGAGAAGGGAAGAGCUCGUCUAUAACUUGGGCUUUGAUUCAGACACCCCCAGAAAACGAUGAUUUUACGGUGGCAGUGAGCAGCAGCUGCAGAGACAACGGUAAUGGAGUAAUAUUGGAUGAAGUGAAGAAACAAGUAUGGCUAGCAGGUCCUUUAAUAGGGGUCAGCCUGUUCCAGUACUGUAUACAGAUGAUAUCAGUGAUGCUGGUUGGACAUCUCGGCGAGCUACCUCUCUCUGCUGCCUCUAUGGCUACUUCCUUUGCAUCUGUUACUGGUUUCAGCUUGCUGCUGGGUAUGUCAACUGCUCUGGAUACCCUUUGUGGACAGUCAUACGGGGCAAAACAAUAUUGGAUGAUGGGAAUCCACAUGCAAAGAGCAAUGGUUAUUAUGGUAAUGGUCAGCAUACCCCUUUCCAUUAUAUGGAUAAACACUGGACCCAUCCUACUUUUUCUAGGCCAAGAUCACGACAUAUCCAUGGCGGCCGGAGAGUAUGCUGGUUUCAUGGUCCCCAGUGUAUUUGCAUACGGUCUCCUUCAGUGUCUGGUCAAGUUCUUGCAGACUCAAAACAUCGUGUUCCCGAUGAUGAUAUGCUCUGGGAUCACAACUUUGUUUCACAUCCUUAUCUGUUGGGUCAUGGUUUUCAAAUCUGACCUUGGGUUUAGAGGAGCUGCAUUGGCAGCCUCAGUCUCCAACUGGAUCAAUGUAUUGUUGUUGUUUUUUUAUGUUAAGCUGUCUCCUUCUUGUGCCAAGACUUGGUCAGGGUUUUCAAGGGAGGCCUUUCUCAAUAUUUUCACUUUUCUUCGCCUUGCUAUUCCUUCUGCUACUAUGGUCUGCUUAGAGAUGUGGUCAUUUGAGAUGAUGGUUCUGCUAUCAGGUCUUCUUCCUAACCCACAGUUAGAAACUUCGGUGCUCUCUAUUUGCCUUAACACUGCUUCCACGGUUUGGAUGAUACCCUUUGGACUGAGUGGUGCAGUAAGCACUCGGGUCUCAAAUGAACUAGGAGCAGGGAAUCCGGAAGCAGCUCGUUUAGCUGUAAAUGUGGUUGUAUUCAUGGCCAUAUUUGAGGGGAUUUUGGUGGGAUCUGUCUUGAUAUUGAUUCGAAACGUUUGGGGCCAUGCUUAUAGCAAUGAAGCACAAGUGGUUGAAUAUGUAGCAGCCAUGUUGCCAAUAGUAGCCACUUCCAACUUUCUAGAUUCGCUUCAGUGUGUUCUCUCAGGCAAUGCUAGAGGAUGUGGAUGGCAGAAGAUUGGAGCAUUUAUCAAUCUGGGAUCUUAUUAUAUAGUUGGGAUUCCAUGUGCAAUUCUGUUCGCUUUUGUACUCCAUGUUGGUGGAAAGGGGCUAUGGCUGGGAAUCAUAUGUGCACUUGCUGUUCAAGUAACUUGUCUUGGCAUCGUUACCAUUCGAACAAACUGGGAGCAAGAGGCCAAAAAAGCUACGGAGAGAGUACACGAUUAUGCAAUUCCGGCCCAAGUAGAGUCAUGAAGUUCCAAUUCUACACAUGCCAUUUGACUUGAUACAUAGUGGUGUUUUAUUAUUGAAAACAUGAUGUAUAAUAUAAGCCUUCAUUAAUAAUGUAUGAACCGUUCUAAAUCAAACAAAUUUUCA